AUGACCUACUGCGACGCUGGGAUUCAGGUGGACUUCUCUAAGUCUAACCCUGAGUUCAGUGUUGACACCUCUUUGGUGAAUCACGUCUCACGACCGACUGUCAGUCGUGUUUGGAGUUCGGCGGCCACGGCUGAGGCUGCAAAAGAUGAGGAACUCCCCGACCCGACGUGGAACAUUCGUUUGGGAGUUUACCGUGGAGAUUUCGAGGCUUCCCCUGAGAGGGAUGAUGAAGGGGAUAAUAAGCCUGGGAGAAGAGAUAACGACAGCAACUGUAGACGUCAGGUUAUCGAGAUUACACGGCGGAGUGUCCAACAGGUGGUUGAGCGCUGA